UAUCACUACGGGAUCCGUCAUCGCGUCACGUCCGCCGCAAUGCCUCGCGCCAACUGAACGCCCGCGCGCGAAUUUUUCCAGCACCGAAAACCACGGAUUUUCAUUCCUCCCCAAAAUUAACUUUUCCAGGGCUCCGUCAUGCGUUUCAGUGCCCGGGAAGUGAAUCGUACUCUGCGACAUUCCGUCUGAGAAGAUUACAUGUGUUUGUGUACAGUGUUGUUUGUUUGUUUACCUGUAAAUAGCUACCUAAAUGUGGAUUACUCAUUUUAGAAACGCCAAAUUCUCCGGCAUCAGCAGCUAUCUGAGCAAGGAUAACAUAAUGUUCCGGCACAGGUGGAUAUCAGUUCCUAAGAGGACCAGUGAGUUGGUUGCACUGAUGGCUGUUUCCUCGACCCUUUUCUUGUUCCUACACACACGCGAGCUUCACCUGAGGCUCGAGCAAAUGCAAGUCAAAUUCCAACCAGAAGAAAGUUUUUCAUCAGAUGAGAAAAACGGGGUUGGCACGAUGAUGCGACAAUUAAAAACUAGUGUUGAUAUGGAAGAAUUAGAUGUAAAUGCUUUAAAUAACACGAGGAAGUCACCGAAAGAUAUCCUCUUCUUCAACAGGGUACCCAAAGUUGGUAGUCAGACGUUUAUGGAAAUGCUGAGGCGACUGUCAGCGAGAAACAAGUUUGAUUUUCACCGAGACCAUAUCCAAAGGGUCGAAACCAUCCGAAUAGGUGUCAGAGAACAGUAUGAUUUGUCACGUAUGAUUGAUACUUUUUCGCCGCCAGCCGUAUACGUCAAGCACAUUUGUUUCGUCAAUUUCACAAGCUAUAGGAUUCCUCAGCCGAUCUAUGUGAACAUGGUGCGGGACCCUGUAGAGAGAGUGAUCUCGUGGUACUACUACGUUCGUGCGCCGUGGUACUAUGUUGAGAGGAAACAAGCCUUUCCCGACCUUCCCCUCCCAGACCCCUCCUGGCUGAAGAAGGACUUUGAGACGUGCGUACUUCAACACGAUCGAGAGUGUCAAUACAUCGAAGGAGAAACGAGAGAGGGGAUUGGAGACCACCGACGACAAACCAUGUUCUUCUGCGGACAAGGCAAUGAGUGCUUACCAUUCAACUCGCAAGCAGCCUUGGAAAAUGCCAAGCGGGCAGUGGAGGAAAAUUACGCCGUCGUGGGAAUUUUAGAGGACAUGAAUACCACACUCACGGUACUUGAGAACUACGUCCCUCGUUUCUUCAAAGGGUCCUCAUAUAUUUAUCAAGUUGAGAUGCAGGGUUUCCGCAAAAUCAACCGAAAUGCAUUCAAGCCAACCAUUAGCGAGGAAAUCAAGAACAUCAUCCGACGUAACUUCACCCGAGAAAUUGAGUUCUACCAAUUUUGCAGGCAGCGGCUGCACAAGCAGCUCUACGCGCUCAAACUGCCCACCAUGAGUGAUAAUUCACUGAAAUAGCACGCCUCAGCGUAACGUCACAGGAACAAUAAAUCGAAUCGGUCCAUCGAUUGGUUUGUAAUAAAUUCAUACUAAAAGGGUUCAGUCACAAGAUAUUUCAUACCGCACGGAGAAGAAAGGAAUUUUUGUGGUCACAAGGUCCCUGAUUAUACACGGCCCCUAUAGGAUCUAUAUAGGAAAUCUGGUAAUCAGUAUUGAAUUUCUGUCAGUGUUAUUACGGGUUAUGUUAAUAAGCCGAGUUAUAUUAUAAUGACCCCUAUCCUCCCAUGGCGAUUGGGCGUCGCAGAGCGCGAGGCGGCGCAUUCCUUCGGUAACAAUAGAAAAUCCCUUUUCACGGAGAAAAACAAGUUCAGGAGGAGGGACUGAACUUCGGUUCAUAUUAAACACUGGUUGGCAGAACCAAAACUCGGUUUCACUGACAGACAAUUUUUUCUAUUUGAGCCAAGAAAAUUCGGUGUCCAGUAAAGAAUUAUCUUUAGACAUAGAUAGAUAUCUUAAAGAUAACACAGGCAUUACCUCUAAACCUGAUCCAUUCUGUUUCUAAAAAAAAGAAGAUUAUUUCAAAAUUGUUCAACAGAGCAAUCGAUAGACUGACUCGAUUAUUGCGUGACAGCAUCCUCCCAAAGGAGUUUCAGAUCUCGACUCGGGCGCACAGAGCGGGACAUGGAGGGAAUUUUACCCCCUCCCCCCAAUAAAAUGCUGCCCUUUCAGGCUUCAAGCCAAAGAUUACGACAAAAAAAAAAAAAUUUAUAAAAAAGGCUGAAUAGUUUUUUGCCGAAAGUCUAUAUUAUUCCUCUCAUCUUGCGAUUCAGAGCUUUUCCUUUGGCACUGACAUUCCGGUGUUUUGUAGUCGGGCAAGGGUGGAAAAUUAGUGGUAAAACUAGAUUUUCCUUCAACUUUAGCACUUACGGUUGUCUGCAUUGUCAAACAAAAAAACAUGUAUUGUUAAUACAUGAUAAGCAAAAAACGAGAUGGAAAUACGAUUCCUUGACCGUUUCAAGAUGAUGAUCUUUGUCAAGAAAUGCGCAUCGGGGUGACGUGUGACGUGGUUUCAAAAUCUCCAACUUCCUUUUAUUUUUGCCACGAACAGUACGCAGUAGAACUGCAAACGUUUAUUUUAGAUUAAUCCUCAUUGUGUUUCCUGACGGAGGCGUAUCACACACAGACAGUUUUCCGUUUGAGUACCUAAUUUUGCUCUAUUUAUUGUAAGUCUUCAAUUGUGUGUGAGAAAGGAAGGAACAACACGGUAGUAUAACGCGCUUUGCAGGAGGAAUCUAGCCUAAAAAGUUUCUCAUUAAGUUAUUUUAUAAUAGUGAGUUAAAAUGAACUUUACCGUACCUUUUUUUUCUGCCUUGAUUUGUUCAACAUGAAGCAUUUAGGUUAGCUUGAGCUAAUGUGUACUUAAGCUUCACUGCCCUUCCCGAAUAAAUAAAUAUUGCGACGGAUCCUCUGUGCAUAUGGAUGAAUCUCAAGCCAUCAAUGUCGAGUGCUUCUAUAAUCGCCGCAUCAUUUGUGAUAUUAUAGCCCAGCAGAAAAAGCAGUGUAUGAAUAUUAAAGGAAGCUAGCUGUUUUUGGAUGGAUGAAAUUCACACAUACAUAAAAGUGCACAUUUCGAGGAACCUUAGUAUUUGUAAGUGUUUGUGCAAGUACACAGUACAAGUUGACAAAACGAAAGACUGAAUUUAUUGACGACGUAGCGAAAUUCUUUGGUAGAAAAAGGGAUCGCUGCAGGAAAACAUAUCUCCCGAAAAGGGGUGUGCAUCUCACAUUUUUAGUUACCCCUGAGUUCGUCAGAAAAAGUACUUUUUUCGACGAAACUGGAGUUGAAGUUUUGCUUUUUCUUCGCGAGUUAAUUUUUUAACUCAUUACCUGCAAUUGAACAUCCAAAGAUUAUAUUUUUCGUAAUACCCACGUCAAAGGAAUACAAUCAUGUUAGCUUGCCGCAUUUGAUGCCUUUAAACAGCCGGUUCAUUUUAGAGGCAAAAGCCUUCAUUAUUGUGUGUUAUUUUUUGUAAUUAAGCUUAUUACUGAUUGUUAACUUCCAUUGUACAUUAUUUUAAAUAAAAUAUUGAAUCUCUCUUAUG